CACCAUCUCCCCUUGCCUCAGACUCAAAGACCGCGAAAGAAGAACAAACCGAUCUGCUACCUUGAGACAUCAUGCCUGAUUUCAAGGAUCGAGAACAAGCGUUGGAGAAUGAGUACAUUCGGAAGCGAGAAGCUGAAAAGGCUGCCGCACACAAAGGCCAGCAAGGGACUCAGAGUAUGGACAAGAGUGGUGCACCGACGACAAAUCCUGCGACCACGAAUUCUGCCCAGCUCGCCAACGCGACCUUGAAAUAACUUUCUCCAAGCUGGUACGGCAUUAUGCCAUUCUCAAUUGCGCUGGGCUGCAUCGAGGAGGAGAAUCAGUCGCUGAAGUAGCUAAUGUUCACAAAACUGCUAUUCAUAAGAACUUGAGGGGCUGGCGGG